AGCUUUUCUCUGUGACGUGUCGUGGAGUCGCCGGUAGGGUUCGGUGUGGCGAGGGGGACCUGCUUCUCUCUUUGUGAGAACCAGGGAGUGAGGGAGGAAGGAGGCCAAGGAAGAGGCCAGGACUGAGCAAGGACUAAAGUAAGACUGAAAGGGGAGGUGAGGGGCGGACUGGUUGUCGGCAGCAGCCGGUACCGGAAGUGGCGGCAGCAGCCGAGGCGACGCACCGUGAGGCAGCUGCUUGACUAGGCCGCAGCCGCCAUGGCGAUGAAUUUUGGGGACCAUGCCAGCGGCUUCCGCCACAAUGAUGUGAUCAGGUUCAUCAACAAUGAAGUCCUCACGGACGGCAGCGGCCUAGCCUUUUACGUGGCCUUCCGCUCGCGGCCGUGGAACGAGGUAGAGGACAGGCUUCAGGCCAUUGUGGCCGACUCGCAGGUGCCGCGCGCCAUCAAGAGGGCCUGUACCUGGAGCGCUUUGGCUUUGAGCGUGCGAGUGGCCACGAGGCAGCGGGAGGAGCUGCUGCACCACGUUCAGUGGCUGCAAAGGCAUGCGGAGGAGCACCAGGCGACCUCCUGGGCGCUAACGUCCCAGCUGCAGCAGCUGCGCCUGGAGCAUGAGGUGGCGGCAACACAGCUGCACCUCGCGCAGGCUGCCCUGCAGCAGGCGCUGAAUGAGCGUGAUGGGCUGUACGGGAGGCUGCUCCAGAUCGAGAGGUUUCCCCAGGCCGCUCCACUGGCCCAUGAAAUAAUGUCUGGGCCGCAAGCAGAGCAGAAUGGGGCUGCGGCAUGUCCCCUGGCUACAGAGCAGCAGAGUGAUAUGGUGGCCAUGGGGACACAUGCUAAUGCCCAGAUGCCAACCCCGACAGAUGUUCUUUAUGUGCCAGGACCUCUGAGUCCCUGGGCCCAGGGCAUGCAACCCCCUCUGCUAGUGCCACAUCCAUUCCCACACCCACCACCAUUCCCAAUGAAAUUCCCAUCCUUGCCACCUCUACCACCUGCUGUAGUAAUGGGGGCAGAAGCAGCAGCAGUCCCACUUCAGGUGCCUCCUACUGAGAUCCACCCACCUUGCCCGUGGCCUGCAGUGGGCUUCCAGGAGGAGAUGGCCCCUCUGUGGUACCAGAGAAGCUACAUCCAGGAGGAAGGUUCCAAAAUCCUUCAGGGGUCAUUCCCCUUAGGAGACAGCAGAAGCCACAGCCAGGGAGAAGGUUCAGAGAGGUCCCAAAGAAUGCCCCUCCCCGGGGACAGUGGGUGCCACAACCCGCUGUCAGAGAGUCCCCAGGGGACAGCCCCACUGGGGAGCAGCGGAUGCCACUCCCAGGAAGAAGGUACAGAAGGACCCCAGGGGAUGGAUCCCCUGGGGAACAGAGAGAGACAAAAUCAGAAAGAAGGUCCAAAGAGGGCCCGGAGGAUGCACACCCUGGUGUUUCGCAGGAGCCACAAAUCAGAAGGUCCAGAGGGGCCCCAGGGGACUGUCCCCCAGGGAGACAGCAGAAGCUACAGCCAGGAAGGAUGUUCAGAUAGGGCCCAGGAGAUGGCCACCCUGGUGUUUAGCAGGAGCUGCAAACCAGAAGAAGGUCCAGAGAGGCCCCAGGACACUCCCCUGGGGGACAGCAGAAGUCAUAUCAAGGAAGAAGGCCCAGAGGGGCCCCAGAGGAUUGUCCUCCAGGGAGACAACAGGAGCUAUAGCCAGGAAGGAAGCCCAGAGAGGGCCCAGGGGAUGGCCACCCUGGUGUUUAGCAGGAGCUGCAAACCAGAAGAAGGUCCAGAGAGGCCCCAGGACACUCCCCUGGGGGACAGCAGAAGUCAUAUCAAGGAAGAAGGCCCAGAGGGGCCCCAGAGGAUUGUCCUCCAGGGAGACAACAGGAGCUAUAGCCAGGAAGGAAGCCCAGAGAGGGCCCAGGGGAUGGCCACCCUGGUGUUUAGCAGGAGCUGCAAACCAGAAGAAGGUCCAGAGAGGCCCCAGGACACUCCCCUGGGGGACAGCAGAAGUCAUAUCAAGGAAGAAGGCCCAGAGGGGCCCCAGAGGAUUGUCCUCCAGGGAGACAACAGGAGCUAUAGCCAGGAAGGAAGCCCAGAGAGGGCCCAGGGGAUGGCCACCCUGGUGUUUAGCAGGAGCUGCAAACCAGAAGAAGGUCCAGAGAGGCCCCAGGACACUCCCCUGGGGGACAGCAGAAGUCAUAUCAAGGAAGAAGGCCCAGAGGGGCCCCAGAGGAUUGUCCUCCAGGGAGACAACAGGAGCUAUAGCCAGGAAGGAAGCCCAGAGAGGGCCCAGGGGAUGGCCACCCUGGUGUUUAGCAGGAGCUGCAAACCAGAAGAAGGUCCAGAGAGGCCCCAGGACACUCCCCUGGGGGACAGCAGGAGCCAUGGUGUCAGAGAAAGCCCAAAGAAAUGGCAACCUCAGAGGCAGAAGGCCAAGAAACCAAAAGUGAAUAAAGUCUCGGGAUCCCAGCAACAGGAGAAGCCUGCCUCAUUUCCAGUUCCAAUGAAUUGGAAAUGCCCAUGGUGUAAAGCCAUUAAUUUUUCAUGGCGUACGGCCUGCUAUAAAUGCAAGAAAGCCUGUGUGCCAUUUGAGAGUGGAGGACAAACUCAGUGAUUUCAGGAAGGUGGUGGAUUCUGGAUGGCCGAUGCUGAUUGGUUAAUACCCUGGAGAAGCUGAAGUCAUGAAGCCUUUUCUUUUCCUUUUUGUUUCCCUCCUUUUCCUGAAAAAGCCAUGUAUGUGGCUGGGAGCAGUUGUGUGAUUUUAGAGUUAGAAGGCAUGUUGAAUUUUAGGAACAGUACUUUUCCUUGAAAAUGCUGUUAUUCCUUUGGAAACAAAUUUUAGAAUCACCACACUUCCUUGAAAAUGCUAUUAUUCCUUUUGAAACUACUGCAAUCUUCAUGUUUUCUUCAUUUUGCUUUGUUGGUUUUAUAGGUGAGGUUCUGUUUUUGUAUCUCAGCCCCACCAAACUUGCUUGUUGCUGAAGAAGCUGAACCUGUUCCAUUAGAAGAUCUUCCAAAGCCAAAAGAAAGUGAGACUGACUGCAGACUUACUGGCUGCAGCAGAGAGGAGUAAGAGGAAGUCAGAGAAGAAGAGAUGAUUUGACAUUCAUUGGGGGAAAAGGAAGAGCAGAAUUGUUUUGUUAGAAUUGAAUUUUUCCAUUGGGACAAGGAAUUAACUUGGAAGAGUUUGGGGGGUUGUGUUCAAUUCUGUAGAUGGUAGCAACUUUGAUGAAUUUCGUUUAGUUUGUUAAAUAGUUAUUGUCUAAUAUGUGUUAGGAGCUAGACUUAUAGGUUAUUAUUUGGUGCACACAUCAUAAUCCUUGUUGCUGAGUUGGUUAGAAGAUAGGAGAGAGCACAAUUUGGGAUACAAAUUAGAUCAGGGGUAUCUUCUUUGCCUUGCAUGUAGUGUUGCCUUAGGUAAAACCAAUUUAAAUAACAUCUAGAUCCAUUUUUGCAGUUUUGUGGGCAAUGUGAAAGAGACUUGCAUGAAAGGUCUUGAGUAACCAAACUGCUAGUCUCAUUGGUUUGCAGGUGAGACAAAUAAGCAGUGGCAAAGUUCAGGAAAGUGGUCUUACAGAAGUGCAGGCAGGGCUUUUCUGAUUGUCUGCUGAUUUCCUCCUUUGAGAGGGACAGAUAUUUUCCUGGCUGCCAGUAAGCCUGCAUGAGAGACCACUGGGGUGUCUUGAAGAAAGACAGUGCUCUGAGGAGUAUUCACUACACACUCCAGCCCUCAGCCUCGGGCUGCCCCAAUUCCAAGUCCCUUUCUAGUCAAUAGGUGGAUGAAGAACAAAAUGGAUUUCAAGGACAGACAGACAGACAUAAGGGCUGUGGGCUAUGGAUGGUGUUUCUCUUGAGAGGACUAAUUGGGUUAAAAAUAAAACUGGACAGGGGCGAGCACUCUUGGGAAUGCCCCUGGACCCUUCCUCUUUGGCGUGUUCUCUGCAGGCUCCCCCAAGGCAGCUGCUGCAAGGCAAGGAGGGAUCCAGGGUAGAGCUCAGGGGUGGUGGGUUAGAUCUGCCUCCAGUCCAAGCUAAAGAUGUCUUCAAGUUUCCCUGUAAGAUCCCGCCCAGCUCACCAAAAUCAACCUUUGUCAGGGGUUUUCUGAUCCUAACUAGUAAUAAAGAGUGUGCACUGGA